UCUGGGUCUUUCUAAGGAAGAGAAUUGUCGCUGCCUUGCUUGGCGUUGGCACUGAGGCUCAGGGUGUUUGACGAUGAGACAGGCGGCAAGCUCAGCCCCGCAUGUGCACCACGUCCCUCUUUCUCACUCUACACCCGUCAGGCCUGGGUCACCCAGGUGAUGCUUUGUGUGGCCGGAGAGGUGGCAACACAGGAGGUGCGUGUGGACUGAGUGGCAGGCAAGCCCUGAACUGCAGUCACUGACCCCAGAGUGGAGUGAGUGAGGCUGCCCCGAGGGUCGCUGCGUGAGGGGAAGGGGUGGCCCUAAAGGGAGCUGGGAGCCAGGACUGUCACCUUGCAGAGGCGGGAAGGGACUUCUCCCUGGGCUUAGCAGCGGCUUCCUUAGGAGCUGGCCUGGACUCUGGGAGCUGUGGAGGCGCAGCCGCGGAGCGAGGUGGCUGGGUGGAGGCGCGGGAGAACCAGGGAGCCCCUUGGGCUGAAAGUGUUGUGUCGUAAGUCAGCGAGCUGCAUACAAGCCGCCUUAAGGAGCCAAGUAGUUAGGAGUCUUCAUUACGCGCGGGCCCAGAGGGAGGUGUCUCCCACAGCCCUGAGCACAGACAGGGAGCACGUUUUCCCUAUUUGUACCUUCCGAGCUCUGUCUGCAGGUUUUACGAAGAGCUUCUGUGCGAGUGAUUUUUGCAGACAGCUUGUCAUCUUGGAUACGCAAUGAACAAACACUUGGCAUGAGAAUAUGGGAAUAUUAUCAGUGUUAGUCUAUUCCGUUAGGUGGCUGGCUUGCAAGGUCACACAGUUAAGUUUUUAUAUUUUUCUAUUAUUCAAACUAAGACCGUUACUUUACAGAAGAAGGGACUAUCUAAAAAUAACAGAGUUGACCUAUAGAACAAGGGACUAAGAAUAACAGAGUAGUUCAAACAGCAGUUUCAAACAGCAGUUUUCCGAAGGAGGGAUUACUCUGCUUCGGAAGGAGCGGUAUGUGAGGCUCGUGUCUGGAGGGGACUGUGGCUGAGACGUGGGGGACCGUGGGCGCUGUGGGCCCUCAGCCUGUGGAGCAGGGCGUCUGCAGGGGCUGGUGCUGGCUUUGUAAGGAGUGGAAGGAAAGCACAGCAGACGAGAGGGCGUGGGCCACCUCCUGGAAGACAAGCCCCAACCGGUCCUGCCUUGAGCCUGAGGACGCGCAUUAGGGGCUUCUUUCUUUCAGGGUCGCAAUUUUGCAGGUGGAAGGCCGCCCACAUGUCUUUCUGCCGGUGUCUCCAGUGUCUUUGGAAAUGGAGGCGACAGUACGCAGGAGAAGCUCCUCCUGCAGGACGUGGCGGAGCUGAUUCGAGCCAAGGCCUGCCAGAGGGUGGUGGUCAUGGUGGGGGCUGGCAUCAGCACGCCCAGCGGCAUCCCCUCUUGCAGGUCUCCAGGGACCGGCUUCUACAGCAGCUUCCAGCACUGCGAUGUCCCGUACCCUGAGGCCAUUUUUGAACUCACCUUCUUCCUCCACAACCCCAGGCCCUUCUUCACGUGGGCCAAGAAGAUGUACCCGGAGAACUACAGGCCCAACGUGAUCCACUACUUCCUGCGGCUGCUCCAGGACAAGGGGCUGCUCCUGCGGCUCUACACACAGAACAUCGAUGGGCUGGAGCGAGCGGCGGGCAUCCCUGACUCCAGGCUGGUCGAAGCUCACGGCUCCUUCGCCUCGGCCACCUGCACCGUCUGCGGCAGAGCCUCCCCGAUGGAGGGCUUCUGGGCCGAGGUGAUGGGGGACAGGGUCCCCCGCUGCACAGUCUGCACCGGCGUCGUGAAGCCCGACAUCGUGUUCUUCGGGGAGGCGCUGCCCCAGAGGUUCCUGCUGCACGUGGUGGAUUUCCCCAUCGCAGACCUGCUGCUCAUCCUGGGCACCUCCCUGCAGGUGGAGCCUUUUGCCAGCCUGUCGGAGGCCCCGCGCAGCUCGGUGCCCCGCGUGUUCAUGAACCAGGAGGCGGCGGGGUCCCUGGCCUGGCGCCCUCGCAGCAGGGACGUGCUGCAGCUGGGGGAGCUGGUGGACGGCGUGGACAAGCUGGUGGAGCUGCUGGGCUGGACGGAGGAGCUGAAGGACCUCGUCCAGCGGGAGACGGGGCAGCUCAGCGGCCGGGACAGAUAGGGCGCUGCCCCCUAGCAGAACCGGGUGCAUGGAGUCGCCUCGCAUUUCCGAGCAGACCUCCUGCCUGAAGGACAGCUUGGGCAGGUGUGUGAAGUUUGACCCAGAAUAUGGACCGGAGGGGCAGAGCAUGGUCCCCUGGCACCGUUCCCGCCCUGUUCCUGCUGCACUGCCCCUCGGUGUACGGAGUCCUGCCCACCCUGCAGGUCCCUCUUCACUUGCAGAGGAGACCCCGCCGACACAGGGUUCAGGCCCGUGUUCAGGCCUCCACCCGCAGGGCAGGCUCAGCGUCUGUCAGAGGCCUGGCUCAGGCCGAGCGGGCCCAGCCCCCUUCCCAAGUGGGGCCUGGCUCCCAGGUCGUGUCCUGGGCUCUGCUGGCACGUCGGGCUCCUCAGGAGGGUUACUGUCCUUCACUUCCAGCGAGAAAUAAACUUUACUGUAGACA